UUGCAGCCACACCUUCAAUUGCCCAUUCAUCUAGCAUGUGCGAGAAAAUCAAAGGCGGCGUACUUCAUCGUCCGCCAGAUUCUGGCCCUCUUCGAGCAGCAGAUACUCGAGACGGACGCCAAUGGAUCCAUGCCCAUCCAUCUGGCUCUCAAGGAAGGGAACGUGUCACAGGCAGAGCUGCUUCUUUCGCACCACGCUCACCAGCAGAGCACGUCAACGGACGGCGCUGGAGAUACGUUGCUGCACCUUGCCUGCAGAAGCGGCAACAUGGAUGCGGUCCGUGUGGCGAUUGCGGCCGGUUGUGACGAUGCGAAUAAGCAGAACGCAGUGGGCAGGACGGCGUUACAUGAGGUCGCCUAUCUGGGAGAUGCGAAUCUGCUCAAGCUCAUGUUCAAGUUGCACGCCAACGCCAACAUCUACGACAAGGACGACAAGACUCCGGUACACAUAGCAGCCGAGCGUGGCUUUACUUCAAUCGUUGAGCAGUUGAUCGACAAAUUCGGAGGUUCGAUCCGAGCAAGGACGAAAGAUGGCUCCACUCUUUUGCAUAUCGCCGCUUGCUCGGGGCACACAAGCACUGCACUGGCGUUCCUCAAGAGAGGAGUUCCCUUAUUCAUGCCGAACAAGAAAGGCGCAUUGGGUCUGCAUUCAGCCGCUGCUGCUGGUUUCAACGAAGUAGUACAGAUGCUUAUUGCCAGAGGCACAAACGUCGAUAUUCGUACUAGAGACAACUACACUGCAUUGCAUGUGGCCGUACAGUCGGGAAAAGCAUCGGUCGUGGAGACCUUGCUGGGCUACGGAGCCGACAUCCAUGUGAGAGGAGGAGCGUUGGGACAGACAGCGCUUCACAUUGCGGCUUCACUAAGCGGGCCGGAAGCUCGUGAAUGUGCUAUGAUGUUGCUCAAAUCUGGUGGGCAACCGGAUGUGCCUCAGGUAGACGGGGAGACGUGCCUCCACCUGGCGGCCCGAAACGGAAACAGGGAAAUUAUGAGGUUGUUGCUCAACGAGAAUGCGAACGUUCAGCUGUUGUCGAAGGCGGGAGAGACGCCGCUGCACGUCGCCGCCAAGUGCUGCAACUACGACGCCGCCCAGAUGAUCGUCUCCCACAUCGCGCAGACAUUCAGCACUGACGAACUUCGUAAAUUCAUCAAUCAGAGAACAAACGAAGGAAUGACGGCAGUGCACUACGCUGCUGAGAUUGAUCCUCAGCAAUUGCAUUUUCCCGGUGAAGACGCCAAACUAAUGAAUCUUCUCAUCGAUUACGGUGGCCAGGUGGACUUGCAGUCGUUGAACACGAACGAGACGGCGAUGCACAUGGCAGCUCGGUCAGGCAAUCAGGCUGUACUUCUAGCCAUGGUAAAUAAAAUCGGUGCCGGUACAGUGCAAAUCGUACAGAACAAGCAGAGUAAGAACGGCUGGUCUCCGCUGUUGGAGGCUUGUGCCCGUGGACAUACCGGAGUAGCGCAGAUCCUGCUGCAGCACCAUGCCCGGAUCGACGUGUUCGACGACAAUGGGAGAACAGCGCUUCAUCUGGCCGCUCUGAACGGCCACCUACAAAUCGUGCAUCUUCUACUUCAGCAUAAAGCCUUCGUCAACAGCAAGUCGAAGACAGGUGAAGCUCCUCUGCAUCUUGCCGCCCAGAAUGGACAUGUGCGGGUCGUGAACGUACUGGUGCAGGACCAUGGUGCCAGUCUUGAGGCAAUAACACUGGACAAUCAGACAGCCUUGCACUUCGCGGCUAGACACGGACAACUCGUGGUUAGUCAAACGCUGCUCGCCCUCGGAGCGAAUCCCAAUGCUCGUGAUGACAAGGGGCAGACACCACUUCACCUUGCUGCAGAGAAUGACUAUCCAGAUGUGGUGAAAUUAUUUCUGAAGAUGAAGCAGAAUAAUCGUGGAGUACUGACAGCGAUCGACCACAAUGGUUUCACGUGUGCUCAUAUUGCUGCGAUGAAGGGUUCGUUGGCUGUGGUGAAGGAGCUUAUGAUGAUCGACAAGGCAAUGGCGACCACGCUGCAUAUGGCAGCUGCUGGAGGACAUGCGAAUAUUGUGAAAAUCCUGCUCGAGAAUGGAGCGAACGCUGAGGAUGAGAACGCGACCGGUCUGAACGCCCUACACAUCGCUGCCUAUUAUGGUAACUCGGAUUUCGUUAACGAAAUGCUGAAGAGCGUGCCGGCAUCGAUUCGCUCGGAACCUCCGCUCUACAAUCACCACGUCGUCAAGGAGUUUGCUACUGAAUACGGCUUCACUCCUCUUCACCUGGCUGCACAAUCCGGUCAUGAUUCAUUGGUGCGGAUGUUGCUGAAUCAAGGCGUACAGGUUGACGCCACCAGCACCACUAUGAAUGUGAUUCCACUCCACCUGGCUGCUCAACAAGGACACAUCGCUGUUGUCGGAAUGCUCUUGUCGAGAUCCACCCAACAGCAACACGCUAAGGACUGGCGAGGACGCACGCCACUUCAUCUGGCUGCUAUGAACGGUCACUACGAAAUGGUCUCGCUACUAAUCGCGCAGGGCUCCAACAUCAACGUCAUGGACCAGAAUGGCUGGACGGGAAUGCAUUUCGCGACGAAAGCAGGUCAUCUCAAUGUCGUUAAGCUAUUUGUUAAGAGCUCUGCUGAUGAACUAGCGGAAACUAAGGAAGGAAAGGUUCCGCUCUGCUUUGCAGCAUCUCACAACCAUAUUGAGUGCCUUCGGUUUCUGUUGAAGCAGAAACACGACACACACCAACUGAUGGAGGAUCGCCGAUUCAUAUUUGACUUGAUGGUGUGUGGUAAGGGAAGUGACAACGAACCGUUGCAGGAGUUCAUUCUGCAGAGUCCUGCUCCUAUCGACACGGCCGUAAAACUUUCGGCUCUCUAUCGAGAUAUGUCCGAGAAGGAGAAAGAGCGAGCCAAGGAUCUCUCUAAUGUUGCUGUGUUCUCCGAGAAUAUGGCAGUGGAACUGCUCGGCAUCACUGCUACCGAGUACAACGCUGCGAUUUUGCUUAAGGCGAAAGACAACCGAGGUCGACCUCUCCUCGACGUCCUCAUUGAAAAUGAGCAGAAAGAAGUUGUGUCCUACGCGUCGGUACAGCGAUAUCUCACUGAGAUUUGGACAGCUCGAGUCGACUGGUCUUUCGGUAAAACAGUUGCAUUUUCACUAUUUGUAUUGAUAUGUCCUCCGGCUUGGUUUUACUUCUCGCUUCCUCUGGAUAGUCGCAUAGGUCGAGCGCCGAUAAUCAAAUUCGUUUGUCAUAUCGUUUCGCACGUGUACUUCACUGUGUUGUUGACGGUCGUCGUUCUGAACAUCACCCAUAAAAUGUACGAGGUAACUUCGGUGGUUCCGAAUCCGGUGGAGUGGCUUCUUCUGCUGUGGCUCAGCGGUAACUUAGUGUCAGAGCUGUCGAACGUUGGCGGUGGCUCCGGUCUAGGGAUUGUGAAGGUGUUGAUCCUCGUUCUGUCAGCAGCCGCCAUAGCCGUCCAUGUGCUGGCUUUUCUACUUCCAGCUGUUGUGAUGACGCAGCUGGAUAACGAUGAGAAACUGCACUUUGCCAGGACCAUGCUGUACCUCAAGAACCAAUUAUUUGCUUUCGCCCUUCUAUUUGCAUUUGUGGAGUACCUUGACUUCCUCACAGUGCAUCAUUUAUUCGGUCCUUGGGCCAUUAUCAUCAGGGAUCUUAUGUACGAUUUGGCUCGUUUCCUUGUUAUUUUGUUGUUGUUCGUUGCGGGAUUCACACUACAUCCAGCUUAUCAGCCCCUUGAUGAGGACAGCGCCGAACUGAUGCGUCUGGCGUCUCCCGAGCAGACGCUCGAAAUGCUUUUCUUCUCUCUCUUUGGGCUAGUCGAGCCAGAUAGUAUGCCUCCUCUUCACCUGGUGCCUGAUUUUGCUAAAAUCAUCCUUAAGCUGUUGUUUGGGAUCUACAUGAUGGUCACACUCAUUAUAAUUGUUUGUUUCUUAAUGCUUUAA